ACCAGCCCUCGCUGCAUCCACUCCAAAGCUCUUUAGGCUACUUUGCGCAUGUACAGCUAAACAGAACACAUCGACACGAAGAUGGCGAUAAGAAGUCUGAUUUGCGUCCUGAUUCUGCUCUCAACUCACUGUUGCUUUCCAACGUUGGCUGUGGUGUUGAAGACAAAUGACGACGCGCCAUGGACAAACGAGUUUGAAUCAAUUGAAUUAUCCUGUUUGAUUGAGUCCAUCUCCACAACCAACCCGCGCAUUGAAUGGAAGAAGAUCCAAAACGGCGAGCCAAGUUAUGUGUUCUUUGACAAGAAGGUUUCAGGGGAUCUGGAGAACAGAGCGAGGAUCAGAGAACCGGCCACGCUGGUCAUCACCAACGCCACUCGCUCGGACACGGCUGACUACCGCUGCGAGGUCACGGCGCCCAACGACCAGAAGACCUUUGACGAGAUCAUCAUCAGCCUCGUCGUCAGAGUGAAGCCGGUGGUGCCCAAGUGCAGCGUCCCCAAUUCGGUGCCGGUGGGCAAGUCGGCGGAGCUGCGCUGCGUGGAGGACGAGGGCUUCCCCAAGUCCCAGUACCAGUGGUUCGUCAACAAGGAGGAGAUCCCCGACGACCCCAAGACCAGCGUCCGCUUCCUCAACUCCUCCUACAUGCUCAACGGGGAGACGGGCACCCUGAAGUUCACUGUGGUCCGGAAGGAGGAUGCAGGGGAAUACUACUGCCGGGCCAAGAACGACGCGGGACAUGCUGAGUGCGGCCCCCAACGGAUGGAAGUCUAUGACCUGAACGUGGCUGGCAUAGUAAUGGGAGUACUGGUGGUGGUGGUCGUGCUCCUUUGUAUAACACUUGGAAUCUGCUGUGCAUAUAAGCGCGGUUACUUUGCCAAUCAGAAAGAGGCAGGAAACAACUACAAAGUCCCAGCGAAGGGAGACGGAGUAGACUAUGUCCGGACGGAGGAUGAGGGGGACUUCCGACACAAAUCUUCAUUUGUGAUCUGAAGGGGGAGAGCAGCAUUAUUUCCUGGGGCGUCGAAGGCCAGAUAUGUUCACCAGUGUCCACACGAGGCUGUUCCAGCACGGUGCCGCUGCCACAGAUUCUGCCUUGGACCCCCUCGGCAAGACUGAAACCAAACAAUUGAAAAAGGGUUGCCAAAGGUCACACGUUUUCACAGGAGCUACCCAGGAGGUAUCUCACCAACUGGUCCAGGAGUCAUCACCGCCAACCGACUUAUUUUGCUACAUCAUGGAAUCAUUGUUUUUUCUUUAACAGCCAAUGCCAGGUUACACAUUCAACUGAGGAAAAAAAACACCACAAAGUUUAACGAUUACGAAGGAUGUUUCAGUGGGUGAAAAGAAGCUGGAGGUGACAUGUCUGUACUUUGCUUUAAACCUUGUGUCAUUUGUACAUUACUACUGUGGAAA